AGGAAAAGAAGGGAAGACAAAACAGAGCAGGGAAUGUGUUUCAGUGUCGGGAACUCCUAGAAGUGAGUUGAAAUUACGAAAAACAAAACACCCUGCGAAAGAACACAACACAUUGAUCUUCUUCACUAACGUUAAAGGUAACCCUUUCUUCUUCUUCUUCUCUCUCACUGUCAACCCUAAUUCAUUUCAAUCCUUUCUUCUUCUUCUUCUCUCUCACUGUCAACCCUAAUUCAUUUCAAUCCUUCAGUAUCAUGCACACAUAAAAUUUUGUUUGUUCCCACUUGUUAUAUCUAUAUCUCUAUAUAGGACUUACGAGAAACCCGACACUAUAUUAUUGCCUUUCGUGGAUCAUUGGCAAGUCAUGUUUAUCCUGUUUGCCAACAAACUGAGAUUCAGAUACCCUUUAAAAAUCCCACUUUUAGGUCUCCUUUGUUGUGUACACACUCGUUCCUUGUGUCCUUAUGUGAAACCCAUCAAUUGGAACACCUCCCACAGCUUCGUUCGAAACAACCCUCUCCUUUCUCUCUUAGAAAGGUGUCAGUCCUUGCUCCAGUUGAAGCAAAUCCAGGCCCAGAUGAUCCUGACUGGCUUCAUUAACGACAGCUUUGCCGCAAGUCGUCUUGUUACAUUCUGUGCUUUAUCUGAAUCGCAGGCCCUUGAGUAUUGUACCAAGAUCUUGUAUUGGAUCCCAGAACCAAAUGUAUUUUCUUGGAAUGUGACAAUUAGGGGAUUUGUGGAAAGUGGGGACUUAGGAGGAGUUGUUUUGUUGUACAAGAGAAUUUUGCAAUCUGGUGUUACGAAACCAGAUAAUCAUACUUAUCCUUUCUUGCUCAAGGCUUGCUCUUUCCCAUCUAUGAAUUGUGUUGGUUAUACAGUACUUGGACAUGUGUUGAAGUUUGGAUUUGAAUUUGAUAUAUUUGUGCACAAUGCAUCAAUAACUAUGUUACUCUCGUAUGGAGAGUUGGAGGCAGCGUAUGAUGUGUUCAACAAUGGUUGUGUGAGAGACUUGGUAACAUGGAAUGCCAUGAUUACGGGAUGUGUUAGAAGAGGGCUAGCUAAUGAGGCUAAAAAACUCUAUCACGAAAUGGUGGGAGAGAAAGUGAAACCAAAUGAGAUUACGAUGAUUGGGAUUAUUUCUUCUUGUUCUCAACUGCAGGAUUUGAAUCUCGGUAGAAAAUUUCAUCUUUAUGUCACAGAACAUGGCAUUGAGUUGACAAUCCCACUCAGUAAUGCACUUAUGGACAUGUAUGUCAAGUGUGGAGACCUGUUGGCUGCACGAAUUCUAUUUGAUAAAAUGGCACACAAGACCAUUGUUUCAUGGACGACAAUGGUUUUGGGGUAUGCUAGAUUUGGUUUUCUGGAUGUCGCUCGGGAGCUUUUGUAUAAAAUUCCAGAAAAGAGUGUUGUGCCUUGGAAUGCAAUCAUCAGUGGCUGUGUCCAAGCUAAGAAUAGUAAAGAGGCCCUGGCUCUGUUCCAUGAAAUGCAAAUUAAGAAAAUCAAACCUGAUAAAGUUACCAUGGUUAACUGUUUGUCUGCAUGCUCACAACUAGGAGCACUUGACGUAGGAAUAUGGAUUCACCAUUAUACUAAAAGGCAUAGUAUUUCUCUCGAUGUUGCAUUGGGAACUGCACUAGUUGACAUGUAUGCUAAGUGUGGAAAUAUUGCAAAGGCUCUCCAGGUUUUCCAAGAGGUUCCUCAAAAGAAUUGUUUGACCUGGACAGCCAUUAUUUGUGGUUUAGCACUUCAUGGGAAUGCCUGGGAUGCUAUAUCAUAUUUCUCAGAAAUGAUCCGUAGUGGCUUAAGACCUGAUGAGAUCACUUUUCUUGGUGUCUUAUCAGCUUGUUGUCAUGGAGGUUUAGUUGAAGAAGGCCGAAAAUACUUUUCCCAAAUGAGCUUUAACUUUAAUAUAACUCCUCAGCUUAAACACUACUCGUGCAUGGUGGAUCUUUUAGGAAGGGCUGGUCAUUUGGAGGAAGCAGAAGAGCUUAUUAGAAAUAUGACAAUAGCAGCAGAUGCUGCUGUGUGGGGUGCUUUAUUCUUUGCAUGUCGUGUUCAUGGUAAUGUUUUAAUAGGAGAGAGGGCAGCUUUGAAACUUCUUGAGAUGGAUCCUCAAGAUAGUGGUAUUUAUGUUUUGCUUGCUACUAUGUACAGUGAGGCAAAAAUGUGGAAGGAGGCAAGUAACGCAAGAAAUAUAAUGAAGAAGAGAGGAGUAGAAAAGAUUCCUGGUUGCAGCUCAAUUGAAAUCAAUGGCAUUGUGCACGAGUUUGUGGCAAAGGAUGUGUUACAUCCACAGUUUGAAUGGAUUUAUGAAUGCCUGGUUUCAUUGACAAAGCAACUAGAGCUUCUUAUGUUAAAAUGUGAAAUUCCUGCUUAUGGAGAUGAAUUUGUUUCCUAAACUUGUCAGUUUGUUUUCUCUAUUUCUUCUGCUGAUUUUAUUACAAUCUUCCCUGGAUAGCCUGUACCAACUUUUCAUUCUACCAAGGGUGUCCUACCUUAGAAAAUAUAUGUAAAUACCAUGAAGACAUUUGAUAGGUCUUGGAAGGUUUAUGUCAGAAAAAAUAGAAAGAACAGUUAGUAAGUGGUGGUUGUAGGAGUUAGGAGGAGUUUUAUAGCAGUUAGCAGUAGUUUCUUUGUCAGUUAUGUUUUGUUUAUGUCUUUUAAGGAGUUGGGGGUGUAUUGUGUUGGUUGUCGAGUGUUUUAUUUCUGAAACAGGAUUUGUCAUGUGUAAGGGAAAGUUUUUCCCUUGACUGUUGUUGAUUGCUUUCACAGUUUCCCAUUCAAUAAAAUUGUUUUUCCCUUGUGAGAAUUCAUAAA